CGGCGGCAAGUCGGAGUCAGAGCACAAAAUCCUACAAGAAUCCGCAGAUUGGAACGAAGUCUCUCGGAGGUCAAGUCGGCAGUAAUGUGGAUGGUGGUCAGGCUCAGCAUACUGAGGUCGCGAUUGAAGAUGCCGUUACGGAAUACUCGACCCACUGGGCUCAAUACUCCGUCGAAGGCCCGUCCGAGACAGAGUCAACCAGAUCGAUAUUUAUGGCCUUGAAUGUUUUCCGAGAAACCACUUGAGCAGAACUUUCAUGCUUCAGGGAGCUUGAACGCCGGGAUUAUGAUUUCCAAAGUCUCCCAGCCAUGGUGGAAGGACGCCACAAUCUACCAAGUCUAUCCUGCGAGUUUUAAGGACUCAAAUGGUGAUGGGUGGGGUGACAUAGCCGGAUUGGUGUCGGAAAUUGAUUAUCUCCAUCAGUUGGGCGUCGAUGUGGUCUGGUUAUCGCCCAUGUUUGAAAGUCCUCAAGCGGACAUGGGAUAUGAUAUAUCGGAUUAUCAAAAAGUCUAUGCCGCUUAUGGGACGGUGGAAGAUGUCGACGACUUGAUUGAGGCGUGUCACUCCAGGGGCAUGAGGUUGAUACUGGAUCUGGUUGUCAAUCACACGUCGAAAGAGCAUGAGUGGUUCCGAGAGUCCAGGUCGUCCAAAAACAACCCCAAGCGAGACUGGUACAUCUGGAAACCACCGCGUUACGAUGAGGAAGGAAACAGGAAGCCACCAACCAAUUGGCGGAGCUACUUCGCGGGCGGCACCUGGACCUGGGACGAAACAACCCAAGAAUACUAUUUGCAUCUCUACGCACCGGACCAGCCUGACCUGAAUUGGGAGAAUGGGGCCUGUCGACGGGCCAUCUAUGACAACGCAAUGCGAUUUUGGCUCGAUCGGGGAGUGGACGGGUUUCGUGUCGACACUGUCAACAAGUACAGCAAACGCACCGAAUUUGUCGAUGCGAUUGUGUCGGAUCCCAACAGCGAGUGGCAGCCAGCACCUGAACAAUGGUGUAAUGGCCCCCGGAUUCACGAGUUUUUGAAAGAAAUGAACUCCGAAGUCCUUGAUCACUACGAUGCCGUGACUGUCGGUGAGUUGUCAAACACACCUGAUCCUAAGGGAGUACUCCCGUACGUCAGCGCCGCCGAGAAGGAAUUGAACAUGGUUUUCCAAUUCGACAUGAUUCGGCUAGGCACCGGUGAUGGGUUCGGCAGUAAAUAUGAAUUUCAACCUUGGAAGUUGACCCAACUCAAGACUUUCGUGGAGAGAUGGCAGAAAUUCAUCGAAGGAACUGACGGCUGGACGACUGUUUUCUGCGAAAACCACGACAAUGGGAGAGCAGUGUCACGAUUCGGAAACGACUCUGCAGAAUAUUGGGAGACUUCUGCGAAAAUGAUCGCUUUGUGGCAAGCAACCCUCACGGGCACAUUGUUUCUCUACCAAGGACAAGAAAUCGGGAUGACCAACAUGCCGAAAGAAUGGCCCAUUGAAGAAUACAAGGACAUCGAGAGCAAGAAUUUUUAUCGCGAAGCGGAGGAAAGCCGCGAUCCCAAGCGGAUUGCAAGGAUCAUGCAGGGCCUUCAAAUCUUGGCUCGGGAUCAUUCUCGGUUACCAUUUCAAUGGGAUGGAUCUGCCCAUGGAGGGUUUACCAGUGCCAACGUGGAACCUUGGAUGAAAGCUCAUGACAACUACCCAAGGAUCAAUGUUGCCAAGCAAGUGCAAAAUCCAGCCAGCGUUCUAUCAUUUUACCGGCGAAUGUUGAAGCUGCGUAAAGAUCAUGCGGAUGUUUUCAUUCAUGGCACAUUCGAACUUGUCGACGCCAAGGACGAGAAGGUAUUCAGCUAUGUCAAAGCCAGCUUUGAUGGAAGAAAGAGAGCAGUGGUUAUCCUCAAUUUCACCGAAGAAAGGGUGGCGUUGUCCAAAACGGUCACCGCGUUGACCAUGGGAUACCGGCUACUCGUGGAGACCAGCACGAGUGAUGCGCGCGAAGAUGGACUUCUAGACGCAUAUGCAGGGAGAAUCUAUGUCGACUACUAGAGUUUCAGGUUUCCCCACGGGCGGUGCUUGACAUGCACCGCCAUAGAAGUUUUCAUUGCGGAGAGAUUGGAGUUUCAUCAGGUCAGCUACCCACCGCCUGCAAAGACUCGAUGGUAGAACGUUCUGCCGGAGAUCUAGUUUAGAGAACUACUUUACUACUGGUAAUACUG